AUGAGACCAUUUUCUUUACCGAAUUUGUUUCUGUUGUUUUUGGUCUUACAAUCAGCAAAUUCUUCUCAAAGGCAACAGAAGCUUUAUGACAUCAAAUCGAAGCUUCAUCGGCGUUCAUCUCCUUCUCGGUUGCUUUCCUCUUCUUCCGAUCUUGUUAAGAGUGCCGGUAGGGUGUUCUAUCCAAUCGGGUAUGGAGGAGACGCGAGUGGUGCGCAGGAUAGCACGGCGGCGAUUAUGAAUGCUGUGGCCGAUGCUGCCCUGAUCAAAGACGGGCAGCAAAUGCUGCCCGGAGUGAAUGAUUUGGGUGGCGCCAUUGUUGAUCUUCAAGGCGGCAGCUUUAAAAUCUCUAAGCCCAUCGUUAUUCCGCCCAACUCCGGCAAUCUUGUGCUGCAGGGCGGUACGUUACGUGCAUCCGACACGUUUCCACAUGACGGGUAUCUUAUCGAAUUACGCUCCCUGAGUUCCUCGAAGCCUUCAGAAAACAAAGCUAGCGAACCCCACGACACUUUCUCCGACAUGAAAAAUAGAAAUGAACCAAUCUACUAUGAAGACAUCACCUUUCGUGACAUCCUCUUCGAUUCAAGUAAUUUAGGUGGUGGCCUUCUCGUGAUCGAUUCAGCACGAACCCGCAUCGACAACUGCUUCUUCCUACAUUUUGUGUCCGAGGGGAUCCUGGUUGAGAGAGGUCACGAAACCUUCAUAUCAAACAGUUUCCUCGGACAAAUCCCGACUAUCGGCGGGGAUGAACACGAGAGGGGUUUUCUUGGAACCGCCAUCGAUCUCGCUAGCAAUGAUAAUGCCGUCACGGAUGUUGUUGUUUUCUCCGCCGCCACGGGAAUUGUGUUAAGAGGUCAGGCGAACAUGAUCACCGGGGUCCAUUGUUACAAUAAAGCAACAUUUUUCGGUGGGAUUGGGAUUCUUAUAAAAUCCGGACAAAACCGUAUCGAUAAUUGUUAUAUGGAUUACAACUCGAUAGUUGUACAAGAUCCGUCACAAGUUCAUAUCGUAAACGGGUUUUUUCUUGGAGGAGGUAACGUUGUUCUGAAAUCGGUGAAUGGUCGGAUAUCAGGACUUAACAUCAUCAACAAUAUGUUCUCUGGGGACACAAGAAAUGUCGUGGAGAUAGAUGGGGAUUUCACGAGCAUCGAUCAAGUUGUGAUCGAUCAAAACAAUGUGAAUGGUGGGAUGAGAUUGAAAUCAACGGUCGGAAAGCUGGCGGUGACCGGAAAUGGGACGGUGUGGACGGCGGACUUUUCGCCGGUGUUGGUUUUUCCGAACAGAAUAAAGCAUGUUCAAUACUCGAUUUAUACUGGUGCAGGAAGAUUAGAAGGGGUGGGAGGACACGCAGUGACUAAUAUAAGUGGUAAUGUUGUGGUGGUAGAGACCCAAAAACAGCUGAAUGGGACCGUGUGGGUUUUAGUAGACCAGAAUGCAUGA